GAGAAAACCCUUUUGGAUGCUAGUACAUUGAGCAAGUCUGAUCCGAUCGUGUGUGCACACCGUAGAGGUGUAGUACUUUCUACGCUAGAACGACAUAAACAAGUGCUAAGACCUAGGUUUCCAUUGAUCCAUCAAAAGGGCCUUUUGAAAUUAAAGGAAGAUCGACAAGAAGCCCGGAGACACUUGUAAGCAUGUCGGUGUCACCCUUUCCAAAUACAAUGCAAGUUAUAUAAUGGCCAACAUAAGCAAAAGAGAAUUCGACGUUCUUGACCUGUCCGGUCAAAAAUACCUGGAAUGGAAAGUUGAUGCUUUAGCACAUUUGAAGGCUAAUGGUCUUGAAGACACCAUUGAGGCUGAUAAUCAAUCAUCCUCCCAGGACAAAGCGAAAGCUAUUAUUUUUCUCCGUCACCAUCUCCAUGAAAGUCUCAAAUCUGAAUAUCUCUUGGUCGAUGAUCCAAAAGAAUUAUGGGACAAUUUACAGGAGAGGUAUGACCACCAACAAAAGGUACUUUUACCAAAAGCUCAGUACGACUGGAUCAUUUUAAGAUUCCAGGACUUUAAAUCUAUGAGUGACUAUAAUUCUGCUAUGUUCCAAAUAACAUCCAAAUUAAAGUUAUGUGGAAUUUACUUUAUGUCCAAUUUAAGAUUCCAGGACUUUAUGCUGAUUUUUUCGCGGAUGAUGCCAUUAUGGAUGAUGCUUUUGUCUUAAACCAAAAUGUUACUAAAUAAAAUAGUAGACUCCUCAUGUUGUACAAUACUACAAUACUAGUUUUAUGUACUUUUUCUUUCUUCCCCUUUUUAUUUUGUUUUUAAUUAAAUAUGUAUAAUAUAUGUACUCUUAUGUUAAAUAAAAUGCAUAAUUUGUGAUCAAGCUAAUGUUUAUUUAUAUAUAUUGAAGAUAUGGAUCAUUCAAA